UAAUAGUUUAGGAGUGACAUUAGUGGAUUAAAUAUCACUUAGGUCCAAAGUGAUUUUGUAAUGAACUGUUAAUACAGUAAGAGAUUGUUAUUUCGAUCUUUCAUAUCUUGUCAGAAUUUUGAGAUUGGAAGCUAGAAUGAAACUAUUUAUAGUCCUGGUUAUCGAUGUCCUAAUAUUGCAGACUGAAGCUGUGGGAGAUAUAAAUGAAUGUUCGUCAAGUCCUUGUCAAAAUGGGGCUGGCUGCGUGGAUGGCUUUGGUAUGUAUAGCUGCACUUGUACUCCUGGCUGGACCGGAAUAAACUGCAACAUAGAUAUUAAUGAGUGCAGUAGCAGUCCAUGUUUAAAUGGUGCAACCUGUAACAAUCUGCAGAACAUGUUCACUUGUUCUUGUCUUGCUGGAUUCACUGGAUCACUUUGUGAAACAAAUAUUGACGAGUGUCAAAGCCAGCCAUGUCAAAAUAACGGUGCAUGUACCGACAGCAUUAACCAGUACACGUGCUCUUGCGUGGGUGGCUGGACUGGGGUCGUAUGUAAUGUUGAUUACAAUGAGUGUUCAAGUACACCAUGUCAAAAUGGCGCCCAUUGCAUCAAUGGAGUUAAUCGUUACGACUGUACCUGCUUGGAUGGUUAUAACGGGAUCAACUGUGAAAAUAACAUUAAUGAGUGUUUGAGUAACCCGUGUCAUAAUUUAGCUGUUUGUAUCGACAACGUUAACAGGUUCGAAUGCGACUGUACCGCAGGUUGGACUGGUGCUAACUGCGAAAUUGAUAUUAAUGAAUGUGCGAGCAACCCAUGUGUGAAUGGCGUGUGUAACAACAACCUGAAUUUCUUUAGCUGCACAUGUGACAGCGGAUGGCAGGGCAAUCGAUGCGAUGUAGAUUAUGAUGAGUGUACAAGUAAUCCAUGCUACAACGGUGCUGUCUGUCAGAACCUUGAAGAUCAGUACACAUGCACAUGUAGUACAGGCUGGGAAGGAACCAGAUGUGAACAGGAUAUUGAUGAGUGUGCAUCGUCUCCAUGUCUGAACAAUGCGGUGUGUGUUAAUGGGGCUAACAUGUACUCAUGCAACUGCCAGCCAGGUUGGGAGGGAACAAACUGUGCAACAGAUACAAACGAGUGUGCCAGCAAUCCGUGUCAGAAUGGCGGUGCGUGUGUUGACGGAACAAAUCGUUUUGACUGCACGUGUAUACAGGGAUGGUCGGGCACUUUAUGCGAGCAAGAGGAUGAUGAGUGCCUCAGUGGUCCUUGUCAGAAUGGUGGUAUCUGUUUUAAUGAAGUUGGUAUGUUCAGGUGUGGAUGUUUACCUGGCUACGUUGGUGAGCAUUGUGAAACAGAGAUCGAUGAAUGUGUAAGCAACCCGUGUGUUAAGGGCAAUUGCAGCGACAAUGUCAAUGGGUACACGUGUGUCUGCUCCGCGGGAUUCAUUGGUUUACAGUGUGAUACAGACCUUGAUGAAUGUGUAUCCAAUCCAUGUCGCAAUGGCGGUAUCUGCAUGGACUAUGUAGGCUCCUAUACCUGUACGUGUUCCGAGGGAUUCUACGGAGCCAACUGUGACAACAAUCAAGAUGAUUGUCUUAGCGCCCCCUGCCAGAAUGGAGGCGUUUGCCAGGACCAAGUCAACAGUUACCUCUGUAGCUGCGUUCCUGGUUUUACUGGAACAAACUGCGACCAAGAUUAUAAUGAAUGCUCCAGCUUCCCGUGCCAAAAUGGUGGCGUCUGUACCGAUGCGAUUAAUGGGUUCUUUUGCACCUGCCAGCCAGGAUAUAGCGGCACACGAUGCGGUGAAGAUAUAGAUGAGUGUGCCAACCAGCCAUGUCGUAAUGGGGCUUUUUGUAUUCAGAGUAUUAACGACUACAGUUGUGUAUGCGUCAAUGGAUGGAAUGGCGAAAACUGUGAAAAUGACAUUAAUGAAUGCGCAAGCAAUCCGUGUCAUAAUGGCGGCGCGUGUGUCAAUGGUGCGAACAUGUUCACCUGUAGUUGUGUUACUGGAUUUUCUGGAACCCUCUGUGAAUCAGAUGGAAAUGACUGUAACCCGAAUCCAUGUCAGAACAGUGGUGUCUGUUUUGAUGAGACUAAUAGUUAUCGAUGCCAAUGUCCUAUUGGGUUUACAAGCACCCAUUGUGAACUGACUCUUGGAUGUAAUCAAGAAUACCAAAUACCAAGUUGCGAUAAGGUCACCAUUACAUCCCUGAAUUAUCCCGCCCCCUACGCCAACAACGCAAACUGUCUUUGGACUUUCACUGCAACGUCAAACACUCAGAUCCGUGUCGUUUUUUCAACAUUUGAUGUUGAGGACGAACAUGAUUUUGUGAAAGUUGGAAACACAGUCACACCAUUAUCAACAAACGAGAUUGUUACGUUAACCGGGGACACGGUUCCACCGUCAUUUGUAAGCAGUGGCAACCAGCUGUGGAUGACGUUUGUGACGGAUUCCAACAAAGUGGAGAAUGGUUUCUAUGUUGAGAUACAGGAUACGUGCUAUGUGGAGAAUCCCUGCAGUAACAUGCCGUGCUUGAAUGGUGGUACGUGCCUCACCCUGACUCCAACGACCUUUUCAUGUACCUGUGUCACUGGCUAUUCUGGAGAUUUCUGCCAAAUUGGUAAUUGGAUCAUUCUUGAAUUUUGUUAAUAUUUCAUUGAUUAUAUAACUUG